AUGACAGAUUGUUCUCUUGACGAAAGAGCAGAGUUCGACAAGUUCGGGGAAGGGUUAGGCGACAUGAGCGCUGGAUCAGAGAGCAAACGAAUCAAAUUGUACUAUGAGUACUGGACCGCUCUCAGUCUGGGGGAAGUUGCAACAUGGGCGCCUACCAAAGAUAACGACAGCUAUUGGUGGGAAUCUUAUCCAUUAGACUUGCUCGUGGAUCUUUGCGGGUUAUUGGAAAGCAAACACAUAUAUCACUUACAGAUUAUUUUCUUGCAUUCGACUGGGGAUAGUCCUACGACCGAGUUUGAAUCCGUCGACUUUAUCCAGGAAUACCUGAAUCCUCGAAUCGCUGACGUUAAUUUUGAGCUGAUUCAAGAUAAAGAUGAGAUUCGGCUCAUAGAACACAAAUUGGGGUUAUCGGCAAAUCCAGGCAUUAAAGCGGUCUUGGAUGCCGAAUCCAUUACUUUUGGUGAUUUGCCACGUAUUUCUGUGAUGAGUACUGACUGA